GAGAGCGAGAGCUUGAGAGAGAGAAGAGCUGGGAUCUGUUCCUCUUCAUGAGCAAGAUUGACAUCUUUUUUGGGGAAGCGAGCGAGCCGGGGGAUGCCAAGGGGCUGCGUGCCACCCACCCACCCGGCUUGGAGCUACCACAACCCAUCCAUCCUCCUCUUGCAUCUGUCUCCCUUUCCCAGCCGCAGAAGGGGCCCAGCCCUUCUCCAAGGAGCCCCAAGAUGUGCACGGGGAGUGAGUGAGUGAGGCGUGAGUGAGUGAGUGAGUGGUCAAGGCCUUCGUGGGUUGUGGGGUGAGGGUGGGUUGGGGGUCCCGUCUCGGCCGCCGUGCAUGUAUGUGUGCCAAGGUGUGUAGGUGUGCGGCGGUGUGCCGUGCGAUGGCGGUGAGAGGGAGCGAAUGUGCGUGAGAUCGAGACAGUCACAGGCACUGCAUUGCUGCUGUUACAGGAAUCUCCCCAGAAAACACACUCACACUCGCUCUCUCUCUUGCACACACAUACGCAAAACCACCGUCAAGAUGCUGCUCAGGAUGGGACGCGUUGAUGCAUUUCACCACCAUCCAAACAGCAGCAGGUGGAGGUCACCAAAGGGGAUCCUCUGAGACCUUCCUUUGCUUUGGGUCUUCGGUCAGUCUCGGCUCCUAAGGAUCCUUCUUUCUCCUUCUCCUUCUUCUUCUUCUCCGUUGGUCGAUGCUUUCCAAGGAGGCCCCUUUGCACCCAAGAAGGCCCAAUUGGCAGCUUUCCAUCCCAGAUACAGCAGGAAGGCGCAAAGAAUGUGCAAAGACCAAGAAUUGAUUCAAUUUUGGUGCAUUGUUUAAGGUGGUGUGCUCUUUUCUCGGUUUUUCGGGGGAUUUUUCGUGCUUUGCUAUUUUUCUGCUUUUUUGAUUUUUCACCUUUCCGAGCAUUUUGCAAUCCGAGUUACAUGCAUGUCCAGUGGGGGAAGGUUUAAUUUUGAUGAUGGAGGGUCCUACUGUGGCGGCUGGGAGGACGGCAAGGCGCACGGCCACGGAAUAUGCACCGGCCCCAAGGGCCAAGGCGAGUACGCGGGCUCCUGGAGCCACGGAUUUGAGGUGCUGGGGGUCUACACCUGGCCCAGCGGGAACACCUACCAGGGCACCUGGGCCCAGGGCAAGCGCCACGGCAUCGGCCUGGAGAGCAAAGGCAAGUGGGUGUACAAAGGCGAGUGGACGCACGGAUUUAAGGGGCGCUACGGGGUGCGCGAGUGCACCGGCAACGGGGCCAAGUACGAAGGCACCUGGAGCAACGGCCUGCAGGAUGGCUACGGGACGGAGACCUACUCCGACGGAGGGACCUACCAGGGCCAGUGGGCGGGCGGCAUGCGCCAGGGCUACGGCGUGCGGCAGAGCGUCCCGUACGGCAUGGCCGCGGUCAUCCGCUCUCCGCUGAGGACCUCCAUCAACUCCCUGCGCAGCGAACACACCAACGGCUCGGCGCUGCACCCGGACUCUUCCCCCGCGGUGGGCGGGAGCCCGGCCGUCUCCCGGGGCGGCUUCGUCCUGAUGGCGCACAGCGACGCCGAGAUCCUCAAGAACAAGAAGAAGGGCCUCUUCCGCCGGUCCCUGCUGAGCGGGCUCAAGCUGCGCAAGUCCGAGUCCAAGAGCUCUCUGGCCAGCCAGCGGAGCAAGCAGAGCUCCUUCCGCAGCGAGGCCGGCAUGAGCACGGUCAGCUCCACGGCCAGCGACAUCAACUCCACCGUCAGCCUGGGCGAGGGCGAGGCCGAGCUCUCUGUGGUCGAGGACGACAUCGACGCCACCACCACCGAGGUCUACGUGGGCGAGUGGAAGAACGACAAGCGGUCGGGCUUCGGGGUCAGCCAGCGCUCGGACGGGCUCAAGUACGAAGGCGAGUGGGCCAACAACAAGCGCCACGGCUACGGCUGCAUGACCUUCCCCGACGGCACCAAGGAGGAGGGCAAGUACAAGCAGAACAUCCUGGUCAGCGGCAAGAGGAAGAAUCUCAUCCCCUUGCGGGCCAGCAAGAUCCGCGAGAAGGUGGACCGCGCCGUGGAGGCCGCCGAGCGGGCCGCCACCAUCGCCAAGCAGAAAGCCGAGAUCGCGGCAUCCAGGACCUCCCAUUCGCGGGCCAAAGCGGACGCCGCCGUCACCGCCGCGCAGAAAGCCCAGGAGGAAGCUCGGAUCGCCCGGAUCACUGCCAAAGAGUUUUCGCCUUCCUUCCAGCACCGGGAAAACGGGCUGGAGUGCCAGAGGCCGAAGCGCCAGGCCUCCGCCGACGACAUCGAGGUGCUCUCGACAGGGACGCCGCUGCAGCAGGAGAGCCCCGAGCUGUACCGCAAAGGGACCACCCCGUCGGACCUGACCCCGGACGACAGCCCCCUGCAGAGCUUCCCGGCCAGCCCCUCGUCCACCCCGCCCUUGGGCCCCUCCUGCCGCAACAAGAGCGCCCACUUUGCCCGCCAGCUCUGCCUGGACGAGGAGCGGGGCGGCGGGGAGAUCCAGAUGCUGCUGGAAGGCCGCGGGAGGGACUACAUGCGGCCCAACAGCUGGGCCGAAGACAAGGAGGUGGCCGGGGCCCACGGCGUGCGGGGAGGGGUCCUGCGCAGCACCCAGCCCGAAGACCCCCGGCUCCGCAAGCACCCGCCGGCCUCCAACCACAAGCCCCGGGAGCGCUGGGCCGACCCUCCCUCCGCCGUGACAUGGACUCACCACCGGCCCCAUCACCACGGUUCGGGCGGCGCCAAGCUGUUGGAGCUGGACGAGGAGAAGACGAGCAACUACGAGAUGGAGAUGAAGCCUCUCCUGAGGAUGGAUUCCUAUAUGCAAGAGAUGCACGCCCAAAAAAGACACUACGGCAAAGCCGGGCCCGGACGCGGCCUCGUUGGGGCCGAGGAGCAACAACAGUAUCACCCCGGGGAUGAACGCGGCUUCGGGGUCCAAAGACUGAGGUCCAAGGCCCAAAACAAGGAGAACUUCCGGCCCGUGGUGUCUUCUUCUUCUUCUUCGGCCGAGCCGACGGUGCAGAAACUAGACAGCCUGAGGUUCGGGGAGAAAGGGGAGCCCCGGCUAUUGCGGUGGGACUUGACCUGCUCCCCGCCACAGAAAUCCUUACCUGUUGCACUAGAAUCAGAGGAGGAAAAUGGGGACGAGCUCAAAUCAGGCGCGGGUUCGGCUCCCAUCCUUGUAGUCAUGGUGAUCUUGUUAAACAUUGGAGUUGCCAUUUUGUUUAUUAACUUUUUCAUCUAACUCGAGACUGUCUUGUUUGGAAAAAAAAACAAACCUAAAUAAUAAUAAUUGAAAAUAAUAAUUUAAAAAAUUACCAACAACGGAUUAAUAACGGGGGAAAAAACCGACGGCGUACGGACGGGGGAUGAAGGACGCGAAGAGCGAGACUCCGCCGGCGAAGGCGAGCGGUUCUUCUUUUUGCCCCGUUUUCUUUUUGACCUUUUGGUUCUCUGAGCUGUCCCGCGACGACAUCCGGCGUCCGAGUCUUUUCACACAAGAAGAACACAAAGAGAGAAGACACAAGAAGAAGAAGAAGAAGAUUGAAUCUCACUCACAGUUUGCCUUUUUAAUUUUUCUGUUCUCUUCCCUGGGUAAUGUUUUUUGGAUCCUUAGCCAAAAAUUCUUUGCUUGUAUAACACUUUUAUCGCUGUGUGGCAUGGCAGAAUGGUAACGUCCCCGUCUCCUCCGCCCUCCCCAAAACAAGGCAAGAAUGGGAAUGCGGUUCCCCGGCAAACCUCGGUGGAUGAUGGGAUAGGUGGUUGAGGAAAUGAAAGCGGAAAACAUUCACAAUCAUGCACAAUUGCCUCCGAAAAAUUCAUUCCAUUGACGCGAAAACAGAGUCCCAAAUUCCGGUCGUUGCAUGAAUUGCAGUUUCCCAAACUAUAGUCUUCAAAAAGUUUUGGACUCCAAAUCCCAUAAUCCCCAAUCCUUGAUUAAAGCAGCUGAGGGUUCUGGGAGUUGGAGUCCAACCAGCCAUUGACUCGAAAACCGAGUCCCAAAUUCCGGUUGUUGCAAAUUUUCCCAAACUAUAGUCUUUGAAAAGUUUUGGACUCCAAAUCCCAUAAUUCCCAAUCCUUGACUAAAGCAGCUGAGGGUUCUGAGAGUUGGAGUCCAACCAGCCAUUGACUCGAAAACCGAGUCCCAAAUUCCAGUCGUUGCAUGAAUUGCAAAAUUUCCCAAACUAUGGUCGUCGAAAAGUUUUGGACUCCAAACCUCAUAAUUCCCAAUCCUUGACUAAAGCAGCUGAGGGUUCUGAGAGUUGGAGUCCAACCAGCCAUUGACUCGAAAACCAAGUCCCAAAUUCCGGUCGUUGCAUGAAUUGCAAAAUUUCCCAAACUAUGGUCGUCGAAAAGUUUUGGACUCCAAACCCCAUAAUUCCCAAUCCUUGACUAAAGCAGCUGAGGGUUCUGAGAGUUGGAGUCCAACCAGCCAUUGACUCGAAAACCAAGUCCCAAAUUCCGGUCGUUGCAUGAAUUGCAAAGUUUUCCAAACUAUGGUCUACAGAGAGUUUUGGACUCCAAAUCCCAUAAUCCACAAUCCUGAGAGUUCUGGGAGUUGGAGUCCAAACCUUCAAAGGACUAUAGUUUGGGAAUCCCUAACUUAAAUAGAUUUCGAUCAUGAACCAAUUCCUUUCCGACUUCAUCCAAAUCAAAACUAUGGUCUUCGAAGAGUUUAUGACUCCAGAUCCCAUAAUCCCCACUCCUUGUCCAAAGCAGCUGAGGGUUCUGGGAGUUGGAGUCCAAACCUUCAAAGGACGAGAGUUUGGGAUUCCUAACUUAAAUAGAUUUCGAUCGGGAACCAAUUCCUUUCCGACUUCAUCCAAAUCAAAACUAUGGUCUUCAAAGAGUUUAUGACUCCAAAUCCCAUAAUCCCCAAUCCUUGAUCAACAUAGCUGAGGGUUCUGGGAGUUGGAGUCCAAACCUUCAAAGGACGAGAGUUUGGGAUUCCUAACUUAAAUAGAUUUCGAUCGGGAACCAAUUCCUUUCCAACUCCAUCCAAAACAAAAUGAAAAAAAAACGCAACUUUGCAUUUUUGCAAAAAUGCAAAAUGCCUGCCAUGAAAUGCACCCAAUUUGGGAGCAUUUUUACCGCCCAAUAUAUAUAUUUACAGUAUAUAUAUUUAGCACUAUUUCCACUUCAGAGAUCCCCGAAUCCCCAAAUGUAUCCUGUUACGUUUUGCACCCAAAAUAUGUAUGUAUCUACAACAGGAGUAAAAAAAUAAUAAUAAUUGCACAUACCCGACCCAGUCCUGUUGGUGCCUUAUGCAUGUCUUGAGUUUCCCUAUAGAAAACAUUGAAAUUUUUGUCUAUAUUCAGGGUUAUGGAAGGAGGGUUUUUUGCACACAUGAAGGCACACGUCCACGGGUUGCAAAUUGUGCAUUUCCGCACAUGCGUAUGGUUCUGCAUUGGGUUCUGCAACGUUGCAAUUCAUUUCAUGCAACCGAGCAUCUAAUGGUUGUGCAAUGUUGCAAUUCAUGUCAUGCAGCUGAGCAUCUAAUGCAUUAAAUUAUAGGUACAGGUAGCAACCCUAUAUCGUUUCCACUAUUUAAACAUGGCUCUCAGCUUUUUCUUAAACAUCUCCAGCUCCCAAAGCCACUCCUUAUAAAAUUCGGCUUCCAAAUCUAUGACCAUUUCGGUCACCUUUUUUGGACACUUUCCGUCUUGUUUACAUCCAUAUCUUCAAUUGCUUUGCCCCGAACUGGACUCAAUGUGAUUCCAAGUGAGGUCCGGCCAUAGCAGAGUAUUUUUAUUUUAUUUAUUUCUAUCAUUUCUAUCCCGCCCUUCUCACCCAAAUUCGAUGCCAAUAUACAAUACAAAGAAUUAAAACAUGAGCAAUUAAAACAGUUAACAAAAUAACAAUAUACAGUAGAGUCUCACUUAUCCAAGUUAAACGGGCCGGCAGAAGCUUGGAUAAGCGAAUAUCUUGGAUAGUAAGGAUGGAUUAAGGAAAAGCCUAUUAAACAUCGAAUUAGGUUAUGAUUUUACAAAUUAAGCACCAAAACAAAUUUGACAGAAAAAGUAGUUCAAUACACAGUAAUGUUAUGUUGUAAUUGCUGUAUUUACGAAUUUAGCACCAAAAUAUCAUGAUAUAUUGAAAACAUUGACUACAAAAAUGCCUUGGAUAAUCCAGAAGCUUGGAUAAGUGAGACUCUAUUGUACAAUAAAUAAAUUUAAAACAAUACAAUGCAAAUUACUUAAACCAUUCAUCCGCAAAACCUUGUAUGUGAACCUUAAUCCAGAGUAGUCGGGACUAUAAUGUCUCUCGAUUUGGAGAUACCGUACGGAUUCGAAUCUCAUGCACCAUCAAAUCUAAUGCGCAUCCCCGUUUUCAAAACCCUGAAACCAACAAAAAGUAUUUGCUGCUGAAUGCUGUGCAAUUGCAAAAAGUGCAUUCUUUGUAAUUUGGCCAUUGCCUUUUCUCCGUUUAGGAUUCCUUCUUCAAAAACAAAGUGUUCGAAACAACAAAGCUUCCAGCAACAAAAAGGAAAACCUUAUGGUGCAUCUAUGCUGCACUUUAAUUGUCUAAGAUGACCAUAAGACCCUAGUCUAAUGCGCAACCUUGUUUUGGCGUGGUUGUUCAGCCAAAAAAAAGGUGAAGAUUAGAUUCAAUUAAAUAGGGUAUAUUCCUAUUGAUGCAUCCUAGAAUGGCAUUGGCCUUUUUAGCUGCCGCAUCACAAAUGUGUUAAACCUUCUCUUCCCGUUAGGUUUAUUUUUCCAUUUGUUACAAAGAGAACCAAAUCGAUGUGUUGUCAAAGGCUGGGAUCAUAGGGUUGUUGUAUGUUUUCCAGGCUGUAUGGCCAUGUUCCAGAAGCAUUCUCUCCUGAUGUUUCACCCACAUCUAUGGUAGGCAUCCUCAGAGGUGACGAGGUAUGGCGAAACUAAGCAAGGAAGGUUUAUAUAUAUCUGUGAAAAGUCCAGGGUGAGAGAAGAACUCUUUGUCAGUUGGAGGCCAGUGUGAAUGUUGUCGUUAAUCACCUCAAUAAGCAUUGAAUAGCUUCAUCUCCUGGCUUCCUGCCUGGGGGCAUCCUUUGUUUAGAGUCGUUUAAAAUCCCACAGUAUCUUUGCGUGCUCAUUUUCCAAUAUUUUUGCAGGUUUGUGAUCCCACCAGUUCUUUACUGCUGGGAGGUGGGACUUGAGGCAUAAGUUCCAAUGGAUCAUUUGGGUCACAUAGUUGUGCCUCUGUUUGUAGUCUGUCUGUGCGAUUUUCUUACAGCAGCUGAGGAUGUGAUCCAUGGUUUCGUCGGUUUCCUUGCACAGUCUACAUUUUGGGUCAUCAGCUGAUUUUUCGAUCUUGGCCUGAAUGGCCUUUGUCCUGAUGUCUUGCUCCUGGGCUGCAAGGAUCAGGCCUUCUGUCUCCUUCUUCAGGGUCCCAUUCGUGAGCCAGAGCCAGGUCUUCUCCUUAUCAGCUUUUCCUUCAAUUUUGUCAAGGAACUUUCCAUGCAAUGUUUUGUGGUGCCAGCUGUCAGCUCUAGUUUGUAGUGCGGUUUUCUUGUACUGAUUUUUUUGUCUGCUCUGUUUUGAGGAGUUUCUGAUUUUUGACUUCAAUCAAAGCAGAUCCUUCACUUUGUUUUACAUAUUCUGCCAGGGCAUGUUCUUCUUCUUUGACUGCUUGUUUGACUUGUAAGAGUCCUCUGCCACCUGAUCUUCUAGGCAGAUAUAGCCGGUCAACAUCACUGCGAGGGUGCAGUGAAUAAUGAAUGGUCAUGAGUUUUCUUGUCAGCUCUAGUUUGUAGUGCGGUUUUCUUGUACUGAUUUUUUUGUCUGCUGUGCUUUGAGGAGUUUCUGAUUUUUGACUUCAAUCAAAGCAGGUUCUUCACUUUGCUUUACAUAUUCUGCCAGGGCAUGUUAUAUUAUUAUUAUUAUUAUUAUUAUUAUUAUUAUUAUUAUUAAACCAAGGAUGCCCCCAGGCAGGAAGCCAGGAGAUGAAGCUAUUCAAUGCUAAUUGAGGUGAUUAACUACAACAUUCACACUGGCCUCCACUGACAAAGAGUUCUCUCACCCUGGACUCUCCACAGAUAUAUAUAUUCUUUACUUUCCUUACUUAGUUUCUCCAUGCCUCACAACCUCUGAGAAUGCCUGCCAUAGAUGUGGGCAAAACGUCAGGAGAGAAUGCUUCUAGAACAUGUCCAGACAGCCCGGAAAACAUACAACCCCAAUGGCAUUGGCCUUUUUAGCUGCUGCAUCACAGCUGUGUUAAACCUUCACCUAUUUUUCCAUUUCUUACAAAGAGAACCAAAUCAAUUUGAGUGUUUCGACGAGACUUGGAACGAGAUGCAUGGAAUUAAGGGGGUCCGGUCCGGAAAGUAAUCGGGUCCUGGUUGUGGGAGGUUUGCCGGAGGAAAAAGCGGGGUCUGGCCUGCGUUUUGGGGAGGGGUCCGGAGGUCCCCCCCUCCCUCCCCGUUCCAUCUUGCCACGGGCCACGUCCAGGCGUCUCAUGCUUGGCCUCUGAGCAUGUAAUAUUUUUGCACUUUGUCCGCAGGAUGUAUAUUCCAGCUUCCGACAUAAUCCCUGUACAAAAAACAAACAAACAAAAAAACAUCAUUGACAACAACAGCAGCCUCCGAGUACGUAAUGCUCUUCUUCUUUUUUUUAUAUAUAUAUAUAUAUAUAUAAUUUCCGUCGGUUUGUUUUGUUUUGUUUUGUUUCUCUUCCUCUAUGUAUCACUUAAUUUUGGUAUGGUUCAAAACAUCUUUGUAAGAUGC